AUGAUCGCGGGUGGUGCUCUGGCGCCGCGGGGCUGCCUGGCUGCCGCCGCACGCAAUCCAUCGCCAGCGGCGCUGGUGCAGCGGGAGGCGGCACAGCUGCCGGCCGGGGGUGCUCCGUCCUUGCAGCUCGGUUUGCCCACCGGGAUCCACCCGCGGGAGCUGCGCCCAUCAAUCAGCGUGCCGCCCGGGGGCGGGCAGCUCGCAUCCCGGCGCUCCGAUGUUGCCGCUGGGGUCACUUUCGUUUCCGUCCCCUUCGCUCCGGCAGGCCGGGGGGGCGGGCAGGAGGCAGCAAACCUCCUCCCCCUGCCGGGAUCAGCCCCCUGCCGCUGCUCUUUCCCCCGCAGCCCGGCGCUCCGCCAGCCGCCGCCGUCGGUUUCGUUUCCCGCUGGCUCCUCCACCCCGCCGCUGCCGGCCGCCAUGCUGCGGAGCUGCGCCCCGGGCUCGCCGGGGCACCGCCGCCUCCGCCGCACCCUGCCGCCCGCCGCCUCCGUCGUCCGAGCUCGCCUGAGGGAGUGUGCUCCUCGGAUCCCGGAGGCUGGGGCACUCCUCGACCUGCUGGGCAAAUGUCCUGAGCACCAGAAGAAAGGAGGCUUUCCCGUGGUGGUUUUUGAGGGGCUGGAUGCCACAGGCAAGACCACCCUCACCCAGUCUGUUAAGGACACCCUCAACGGCGUUCUCCUCAGGUCCCCACCAGCCUCCAUCAGCCAGUGGAGGACAAUAUUUGAUGAGGAGCCAGCACCUAUCAAAAGAGCUUUUUAUGCUGCAGGCAACUACAUUCUGGCUUCAGAAAUAGCAAAGGCAUCCACUCAGGCACCUGUCAUCGUGGACAGGUACUGGCACAGCACAGCUGCCUACACAAUUGCCACUGAAAUACAUGGGCAAGUCCAGGACCUGCCACCAGCACAGGAUGAGGUGUACCAGUGGCCUGAGGACCUCCUCAGGCCAGACCUUGUCCUUCUCCUGACUGUUGACCCCGAGGAGCGGGUCCGGAGGCUUCAGCGCCGAGGGCUGGAGAAGACAAAGGAGGAAGCAGAGCUGGAAGCUAACAGCUUGUUCAGACAAAGGGUUGAAGAGUCCUACAGAAGGAUGCUGAACCCUGCCUGCCAAGAGGUUGAUGCCAGCCCCUGCAAGGAGGAGGUCCUCAAGACAGUGCUGCAAGUCAUUAAGAAACAGUGUGGGUGGUGAAAGCAGCUCCUGGAAGACAGCACCCAAAGGACCACUUUGUUUUUAGAGCACUUUAAGGGAUUGUUUUUAUUCUCCUUCUGGUUUGGGUGCCUAAAAAUGCACUUUGAUGUCUUCUGUCUCACCCAAGAAUCUUCUCUUCCUUCUUGUCAGCGAGAAUCUGAGUUGUCUGCUUCACCUUUGCCUGCUGAACUGUUGUGUGUAAGGCAAACUCCUCCUCACAUGUUCCUCAGUGUUCUUAGUAAAGGCUCAAACACACUGCAGUUGGGUCUGAAGUACCCCUGGGUGCUCUCUGCCACCAGGACACAUUCCAAGAUCCCCUCAGGUUGUGUCUUCCAUCACCAGGAGAAGCUCUUCCUGCCGUGGCUGUGUGACAGAGCUCACUGCACUGCCUCCAGCUCUGCAGCCCUCAGCACAGGAAGGACAUGGAGCUGAUGGAGCAGGUCCAGAGGAGGUCACAG